CUUGUCCCGCAGUAGCGAGGUGAAGUGGCGCAACUCUUCCUACUCGGAGCGGAGCAGCGGAAGAGGCAGCACGUCUGUCGCUGCUGCACACUCGAGAUCAUGGUCAUCAUGCACGUUCUGUUCGAGCAUGCCUCCGGGUACGCGCUGUUCGCCGUCAAGGAGGUGGAGGAAGUCGGCAUGCUUCUUCCUCAGGUGGAGGAGAGCGUGCUGAACAUCAGCAAAUUCAAGAACAUGGUCAGUCUGGCGGCCUUCUUCCCCUUCAAGUCGGCUCAGACGGCGCUGGAAAACGUCAAUGCCAUUUCUGAAGGUAUCGUACACGCCGACUUGAAGUUGUUCCUUGAGACGAACCUUCCUCGUUCGGGAAAAAAGAAGUCCAUUCUGGGAGUGUCCGACGCAAAGAUCGGCGCUGCACUUCAGGAAGAGUUUGGCAUCUCCAUCCAGACGACCGGCGUUGUGGCUGAGCUCACCAGAGGUGUGCGCCUGCACUUCCACACCCUGGUGAAGGGACUGACCGCUCAGGCCGCCUCCAAGGCUCAGCUGGGUCUCGGCCAUAGCUACUCCCGAGCAAAGGUCAAGUUCAAUGUCAACAGGGCAGACAACAUGAUCAUCCAGUCCAUCGCUUUGUUGGACCAGCUGGACAAAGACAUCAAUACCUUCUCAAUGAGAGUCCGCGAAUGGUACGGUUACCACUUUCCGGAGCUGGUCAAGAUCGUUUCGGACAAUUCCAUGUACUGCCGCCUCGCUCAACUCAUCGGCAACAGAAAGGAGCUGUCGGAGGAGAGUCUUGAGGCCCUGGAGGAGGUGGUGAUGGAUGCAUCCAAAGCUCAGGCCAUUGUGGAGGCCUCUCGCUCCUCCAUGGGCAUGGACAUCUCCCCCAUCGACCUCAUCAACAUCGAGCGGUUCUCCAACCGGGUCGUGUCCCUGGCAGCGUACCGCCUGGAGCUGCAGGAGUACCUGCGCUCCAAGAUGAGCCAGGUGGCUCCGAACUUGGCAGCUCUGAUCGGAGAAGUGGUUGGCGCUCGGCUCAUCUCCCACGCUGGCAGCCUGACCAAUCUGGCCAAGUACCCCGCCUCCACCGUCCAGAUCCUCGGAGCGGAGAAGGCCCUGUUCAGAGCUCUCAAAACCCGGGGAAACACCCCCAAGUACGGACUGAUCUUCCACUCAACGUUCAUCGGCCGCGCUGCCGCCAAAAACAAGGGGCGCAUCUCUCGCUACCUGGCCAACAAGUGCACCAUCGCCUCGCGAAUCGACUGCUUCUCAGAGAUACCGACCAGCGUGUUUGGGGACAAGCUGCGCGACCAAGUUGAAGAGCGAUUGUCUUUCUACGAAAGUGGAGAGGUUCCGCGGAAGAACGUGGACGUCAUGAAAGAGGCGGUGAAGGAGGCCACCGAUGUUGCUGCUGAAAUAAAGAGAAAACUGGAGAAAAAGGAAAAGAAGCGCAAGAAGAAGGAAAAGAAGUUGAAGGAGCUGGAGGCCAACGGAGAAACAAACGGCGAUGUGGAGGUGGAGAACGGAGAGGAUGAAUCACCGACACCCAAAAAGAAGAAAAAGAAGGAAGCAGCUGAGGUGAAGGCAGAAGAACCAGCAGCAGAGAACGGAUCAGAGACCCCAGCAAAGAAGAAAAAGAAAGCUAAGGCUGAGGUUGAAGAGGACAAUGGUGUCGCCGAGGAAACAGAAGCUCCAAUUAAAAAGAAAAAGCGAAAAUCGGAAGCUGUGGCGGAAGAACCUGCUGAGGAGCCUGAAGCUCCAGUUUCUGAGAAGAAAAAGAAAAAAAAGAAGGCUGCAGACUGAGCGAGGCCAAAGACUCUUGUAUAGUUUUUUUGUUUUUUUUAAUGCCAUUUGUUUUUAUGAGCAGUUGUGUUCAGUUAGUCAGAUGCUCGUGUCGGUGCCUUGAACUCGGACACUUUCUGUAAAUAAAGUGUUUAGCCAUGAA